GCUGAACUUUACUCGAGUAUCGAGCCACUCCCAAACACACCUGAUAACACUGACCGACUUACUGCUGGGAAUCCGCCAUCAUCCUCCGCGUUCAACUCACGGGAAAAACCGAAACUCCUCCUAAAUACUUACACGAACUCUUACAUUUAUCACUCAAACGGGCUCUUUUAGUCAGGUUUUAGUGGAUUAUAUCUUUUGGCUUCGGUUUAGCCGCUGGGAGGGAUUAUACCACGCGGAAAAACUUUACCACAGUAUUUUAAAAGUCUCAUCCCUCCAUUUUGAAUCUGACAGGAAUUUCAACAGUUUGAAACAUGACGAGCAUUAACACAGCAAACAUCAACUUCAAAUGGGAUCCCAAGAGCCUGGAGAUCCGCACACUGGCUGUGGAAAGACUGCUGGAGCCCUUGGUUACCCAGGUCACCACUCUUGUGAACUCCAGCAACAAAGGACCGUCCAACAAGAAGAAAGGCCGCUCCAAGAAGGCUCACGUUCUGGCAGCCUCCGUGGAGACAGCCACCCUGAACUUCCUGGAGAAAGGCGAGAAGAUUGCUAAAGAGAGUCAGUUCUUAAAGGACGAGCUGACCGCAGCGGUGGAGGAUGUCCGCAAACAAGGAGAAUCCAUGAAGUUGGCCUCAGGAGAGUUUGCAGAGGAUCCCUGUUCUUCAGUGAAGAGAGGCAACAUGGUCCGCGCUGCACGUGCCCUUCUUUCUGCUGUCACUCAUCUGCUUGUACUGGCGGACAUGGCUGAUGUGUACCAGCUUCUUCUUCAGCUCAAGCUGGUUGAGGAGAGUCUGGUGAAGGUGCGUAAUGCUGGCACUGAGCAGGACCUGGGUAUCCAGUACAAAGCUCUGAAACCGGAGGUGGACAAACUGAAUGUUAUGGCGGCCAAGAGGCAGCAGGAACUCAAGGACGUCCAUCACAAAGACCAAAUGGCGGCGGCUCGCGGCGUCCUUCAGAGGAAUGUUCCCAUGCUGUACACGGCUUCGCGCGCCUGCCUGCAGCACCCAGACGUGGCCGCGUACAAGGCCAACCGGGACCUCAUCUACAAGCAGCUGCAGCACGCUGUCUCCGGCAUAUCUAAUGCAGCUCAGGCUACCAGCAGCGAGGACUCCAGCUUCUCCCAGUCUGCAGGUGGAGGAGAGCUGGCCUAUGCCCUCAACAACUUUGAUAAGCAGAUCAUCGUGGACCCGCUGAAUUUCAGCGAGGAGAGGUUCCGGCCUUCUCUCGAGGAGCGUCUGGAGAGCAUCAUAAGUGGCGCCGCCCUCAUGGCCGAUUCGUCCUGCACACGUGACGACCGGCGUGAGCGCAUCGUGGCCGAAUGCAACUCCGUGCGACAGGCGCUGCAGGAUCUGCUCUCAGAGUACAUGGGCAAUGCUGGACAUAAAGAGAAGAGCGAUGCCCUGAACAUGGCCAUCGACAGGAUGACUAAGAAGACCCGUGACCUGCGUAGACAGCUGCGGAAAGCUGUGAUGGACCACGUGUCGGAUUCUUUUCUGGAGACCAAUGUUCCACUGCUGGUAUUGAUUGAGGCUGCCAAGAAUGGUAAUGAAAAGGAGGUGAAGGAAUAUGCCCAAGUUUUCCGUGAGCACGCCAACAAACUGAUUGAGGUAGCUAACCUUGCAUGCUCCAUCUCAAACAAUGAGGAGGGAGUAAAGUUGGUACGAAUGGCCGCUUCCCAACUGGAAGCACUUUGCCCUCAGGUGAUUAAUGCAGCCUUGGCCCUGGCUGCCAAGCCUAACAGCAAAGUGGCCCAGGAUAACAUGGAUUUGUUUAAGGACCAGUGGGAGAAACAGGUUCGAGUGCUUACUGACGCAGUGGAUGACAUCACUUCCAUUGACGACUUCCUCUGCGUGUCUGAAAAUCACAUUCUGGAGGAUGUUAACAAAUGUGUCAUCGCUCUGCAAGAGAAGGAUGUCGAUGGCCUGGAUCGCACCGCUGGAGCCAUUCGAGGUAGAGCUGCCCGUGUGGUCCAUGUGGUCACAUCUGAGAUGGACAACUAUGAACCUGGUGUCUACACGGAGAAGGUUCUGGAAGCCACCAAGCUUCUCACUGAUACAGUGAUGCCACGUUUCACUGAGCAGGUAGAGGCAGCCGUGGAAGCUCUCAGUGCCAACCCAAGCCAGCCAGUGGAUGAGAACGAGUUCAUUGAUGCUUCGCGUCUGGUAUAUGAUGGCGUGAGGGACAUCAGGAAGGCAGUGCUAAUGAUCAGGACCCCAGAGGAACUGGACGACUCUGACUUUGAGACAGAAGAUUUUGAUUCUCGUAGCAGGACCAGCGUGCAGACGGAAGACGAUCAGCUCAUCGCCGGACAGAGCGCUCGGGCCAUCAUGGCUCAGCUACCCCAGGAGCAGAAGGCGAAGAUUGCCGAGCAGGUGGCCAGUUUCCAGGAGGAGAAGAGCAAGCUGGACGCCGAGGUAUCCAAGUGGGAUGACAGCGGAAAUGACAUCAUCGUUUUGGCCAAGCAAAUGUGCAUGAUCAUGAUGGAGAUGACAGACUUCACCAGGGGUAAAGGACCACUCAAAAACACCUCUGAUGUGAUUAGUGCUGCCAAGAAGAUUGCAGAAGCCGGAUCAAGAAUGGACAAGCUGGGCCGUGCUAUUGCGGAUCAAUGUCCAGAUUCAGCAUGCAAGCAGGAUCUGUUGGCCUAUCUGCAGCGUAUCGCCCUGUACUGUCACCAGCUCAAUAUCUGCAGUAAAGUCAAAGCAGAGGUGCAGAAUCUGGGCGGAGAGCUUGUGGUGUCUGGGGUGGAUAGUGCUAUGUCUCUGAUUCAGGCGGCCAAGAAUCUGAUGAAUUCUGUGGUGUCCACCGUGAAGGCCUCCUAUGUGGCCUCCACCAAGUACCAGAAGUCUCAAGGAAUGCAAAACCUCAACAUGCCCGCCAUCUCCUGGAGGAUGAAAGCUCCUGAGAAAAAGCCGCUGGUCAAACGCGAGAAGCAAGAUGACGGUCAGACCAACAAAGUGAAGCGGUCCUCUCAAAAGAAGCACAUCAACCCUGUGCAGGCCCUGAGCGAGUUCAAAGCAAUGGAUAGUAUUUAAGCGGCCUUUACCGCAUUUCAGUAGAUUAUGCUUCAGAAGUAGAUUGAGCCUUAAAAUCAGUCAGAUUUAGCGAGUACACAUUUAAGCGCAUUCCUGUACCUUAGUCACCAAUAUGCCAAUAUUUUUUCCAUAAGCAGUGGCUAUGCUGAGUGCACUAAGGUCUAUAUAGCAAAAGUUAUAUUUUUACACACGAAUGCAUUAAUCUGCUCAAUCUUUACACAAGAUUUCUUCCUGAGGACAGGUAGGGGCAUACAUUAAAUUUCGGGCAUUCCCUCACAGUUUAUAUGUACGUUUCCCCCUUUUCUAGAUGACUAUUGUGUAUUUUUAAAAACAUUUAAGUGUAUUUUACGAGAAGACUUUUAUAUAUUUCACACUAAGGGCUUUGAUAUUGCCCAUUACUGUCUGAUUUUUGUUUUUCCUUCCAUUCUUCAUGCCUAUGCAAACUCACUGUAACACUUGCAAUACUUGUUUUGGUAUGAAACUAUAAAGAGAAACAGGCUUUGAUUUAGUGUCAGUCUCAAGACCAAAGUCUUUGUAUUUUGCUGUGCCUAAUAAACUUUUUGAUAACUCUUGUUUUAUCCUUUGAUUAACUGUAAAAUAGUUUGGUGAAUAUUAAUUCUUAAUAUCUUCAAGAGAAAUUUUGCUGCAUGGAAAAUAGUGCAUUGAUGUGAAACUCGAUAAACAAAGCCAAACUAGUUGCUUGUCGCAGUCACUAGAGUUGCCUAAAAAGAGAACAAUCUCAGUAAUGCCCUCAGUAAUCUCAAGGAGCAGUGGGGCAAAGCUAAAUGCGAAUGAGAGGCUGAGAGCGAGCGAGUUCAUUCUUCAGCCCUGUAUUUAAAUUCAGAAGACUGGCCUUAGGCCUCUCUUCUCCUCCUCCUCCUCCCCAUCCUCCCACCCCUCCAUGACUCAGACAC